CUUUGACCCAGGACAGGAGCUGUUUUAAGGUAUUAGGGUAAACAAACCGGGGUGACUGUGGGGUCAGCGCUGUGCUGAGGGGUUGGGUGUCACUGGCUCCGUGGCUAACCAUUGCCCUAGGCCAAAGCCCUCUGCUCAACUCCAUGACACAAGGAGCUGUGAAACUGUUACUACACAUAUUACACUAAUCAAAAAUGCAUAUGCCAAAUAGAGUGAUUAUUACAGUAACACGUGUGGAUAACAGCUAGGAAGACAGACUGAUCCAUUGUUUAAUGCCACAGUAGUCCCUAAAACAAAUGCUGCUCGUAUUAUUUCAGAGAGGUGAUGCAAGUAUUACUGUUCAGGAGCAAGUGCUCAGAACAAGGGAUAUUACAAAGGAGAGAAAGAUACAUGUAGGUUGGAUAUGGACUGAAACAGAGUGAGCUUUGGGGAUUGUGAUUUGUGGUAUCAUACAGUAUGUGAGGUGUCUGAGUUAUGUUGAUGAUUAUAUGAAAAUAGUGUUUGAGAUGUGGCUCCUGAAUGAUGAGAGGUGAGGUGAGGAGGAAUGUUGGAGCUGUUGUGUGCGCUAGGGGUGGUAAUGCAUUUGGCAUGAAGUAUGAGGUAAGUUCCUCUAUAUCUCCCUCUCUUUCUUUGUCCCUCAGACUCACGGUAGGCCCAGUUGGUUUAAACGUUAAGCUUUCCCCCGGAAACAUGACAGGAGAUAGUGAUGGAGAGAUAGAGGUAGAGGAAAGGGGGGUAAUUGUUUUUGCAGUUCUAGAAACAGUAGGAUGGUCUCUGGUGGCUGUACCUCUGUCUGCUUGACUGUGUUGUUCUUACACCCCAAGGCUGAAUAUCUGAUUGAUAAAUCGACAACAUAAUUAAAUGUUUUGUGAUGGACAGAGUUAAAUAACAUGGCCUAGAUUUUAAAAAAUCUCUGUGCGUCUUUUUUUUUGUAUGUGUGGUUGUCUGUGUGUGUGUGCCUGUCUCGGUAUGUUAUUGGUUUUGUUUACCCUCCAGAUCAGAUUUGGGCAGACAAUAUUAACUCACUGAUUCCUUAACGAGACGUUAUUAAGACACAAAGAGACUCCGGAUUAACAAGUUUAGCUUUUGAGGAUCAUUAAAAAGUGCUUGUUAUGCUUCUCUCAGCUUGAUGAAUUUCAAAGGGGUGAAAAAACAGAGAUUAUACUGUUUCUAAAGGCUAACUCCAAGAGACAACAUGGUGUGAGGGGACAUGGGGUCUGGUAUUUUGGGGGGACAGGCGAAGAACAGAGACAUGGACCAUGGCCAGAUAUUUUAAUAUCUCUUGCCAGUGCCUGUGGCAAUUUUGAGUUUAUUAUUUAAUGUGGAAAGUCAAAUAAUGAUUUGAAGUGAAUUGGCUUUAUUUCGCUUGAUUCAUUUGCUCCACAAAAUAGCUUUCUAGUCCCUUCCCCAGAUAUCAGAUACAAAAUAAGAAUGUUACAUUUUGAAUGAGAAUGACUCACUUAAAUGACACUGUAGCGCUUCAAAACAUUAUCAUGUAUUUAUCGUCUUGAUUUCUGUCAUUACAUCAUUAUUACGCAUUUCUUUUUUAUAGGUCAUCAUAGUGUUUCAGUAGCGGUAAGUGGGAAAGGGGAGAGCGGGAUACCUACAGUGCCUUCAGAAGGUAUUCAUACCCCUUGACUUAUUCCACAUUUUGUUGUGUUACAAUCUGAUUUCAAAAUCUAUUAAAUAUAUUUUUUUACCUCACCCAUCUACCCACAAUACCUCAUAAUGACAAAGUGAAAACAUGUUAGAAAUUUUUGCAAAUGUAUUGAAAAUGAAAUACAGAAAUAUCUAUUUUACAUAUUCACACCCCUGAGUCAAUACAUGUUAGAAUCCCAUUUGAAAGUGAUUACAGCUGUGAGUAUUUCUGGAUUAGUGUCUAAGAGCGUUGCAUGCCUGGAUUGUACAAUAUUUGUACAUUAUUCAUAAAAAAAUUCUUCAAGCUCUGUCAAGUUGGUUGUUGAUCAUUGCUAGACAGAGAUUUUCAAGUCGAUUUACAUCAAAACUGUAAAUAGGCUGUUCAGGAACAUUCAAUGUCAUCUUAGUAAGCAACUCCAGUGUAUAGUUGGCCUUCUGUUUUAGGUUAUUCUCCUGCUGAAAGUUGAAUAUGUCCCCCAGUGUCUGUAGGAAAGUAAACUGAACCAGGUUUUCCUCUAGGAUUUUGCCUAUGCUUAGCUCCAUCCGUUUCUUUUAAUCCUAAAAAACUCCCUAGUCCAUGCCGAUGACAAGCAUUCCCAUAACAUGAUGCAGCCACCACCAUGCUUGAAAAUAUGAAGAGUGAUACUCAGUGAUGUGUUGUUGGAUUUGCCCCAAACAUCACGCUUUGUUUUCAGGACAAAGUUAAUUUCUUUGCCACAUUUUUUGCAGUUUUACUUUAGUGCCUUGUUGCAAACAGGAUGCAUGUUUUGGAAUAUUUUUUGUACAGGCUUCCUUCUUUUCACUCUGUCAUUUAUGAGUAAUUACAAUGUUGUUGAUCCAUCCUCAGUUUUCUCCUAUCACAGCCACUAAACUCUGUAACUGUUUUAAAGUCAACAUUGGCCCCAUGGUGAAAUCCCUGAGCGGUUUCCUCCCUAUCAGGCAACUGAGUUAGGAAGAACACCUGUAUCUUUGUAGUGGCUGGGUGAAUUGAUGCACCAUCCAAAGUGUAAUUAAUAACUUCACCAUACUCAAAAGGAUAUUCAAUGUCUGCUUUUUAUUUUACCCAUCAACCAUAGGUGCCCUUCUUUGCGAGGCAUUGGAAAACCUCCCUGGUCUUUGUGGUUGAAUCUGUGUUUGAAAUUCAAUGAUCGACUGAGGAACCUUACAGAUAAUUGUAUGUGUGUGAUACAGAGAUGAGAUAGUCAUUCAAAAAUCAUGUUAAACACUAUUAUUUCACACAGAGUGAGUCUUAUUAUGUGACUUAUUAUGUUUACUCCUUACCUUAUUAAGGCUUGCCAUAACAAAGGAGUUGAAUAAUUAUUGACUCAAGACAUUUCAGCUUUUCAUUUUGUAUUAAUUUGUAAAAAAGUCUAAAAGCAUGAUUCCACUUUGACAUUAUGGGGGUAUUGAGUCCAGGCUAGUGACAAAAAAAUCUAAUUUUAAAUUCAGGCUUUAACACAACAAAAUGUGAAAAAACUCCAGGGGUGUGAAUAUUUCCUGAAGGCACUGUAGUCAGUUGCCCAACUGGAUACAUUCAACCGAAAUUGGUCUUCUGCAUUAAACCCAAUGCCUCUGAAUCAGUGUCCACUGUGUGGAGGUAGAGAGCCCAUCAAUCAAGUUUCAAUACAACCUUUGUAAAAGCACUAAGAAGUCUCUCUUAGUCUUUCUAUUACAAGAUCACUUUUGAUAAGCUGUCAACAUGGCUAUCUUCAUAAACAUGUGUGUAGCAGUCGCAGUUCACUGUAGCAGCAAAUGGGAAGCAAGUAUAUGUCAUGAAGCAUUGAUAAGGUGACAUCAUGACAUGCCCGGAUGAGCACGCUCCUUGUGGUGUUACCACCACACGCUUAACAUGGUUUAUAAUAUGAUCUGACAUGUGACUACUGAUGGGUUUGCAUGUGUGUGUGGAGAGUUUGUUUGGGGGAUGGCUGUAAGUGCAUGGGUGUAUGUUGAUGCAAAAAAUAUGACAUUUUAAACAGAGUUAAUGGUAUUUUUGGCAAUGACAAAAAUGUGGGGGCUAGUGGAGUCGGGGGGACAGAAUGAGAGAGAGAGAGAGAGAGAGAGAGAGAGAGAGAGACAGAGAGAGAGAGAGAGAUUUGAACCAUGAUUACAGAGAGCCGUGGCUCUAGAGAGGGAUAUUGGGGUGAGAGAGAAGAGGGGAGUGUGAUGAAGAGGGAGACAGGGAUUUGCAACAGAGAGGAGAGAAAGAGAGGGGGCAGUGACACUCAGUGACAGAGUGUCAUAUGCACUCACAUGUGCACACACCCUCUCUUUUUUGUCUCUCUCUGUGAACAUGUGUCGGUAAAUCCGUCAGUCAGUAUAGUCACUUUUGGGGGGGGAAAUGGUGAGAGGACAUCCAAAUCAAUCAUCCUAUCUAUGACCUACGGACCAAGAAGAAACACACACGGACACAGGAAGACUGUUUUUUCCACAGAGGACAGUCGCCAGUCAGUCCAUUAUUGGACACCAGGGCUGUCUGAGAGUCUGGAGGCAUCAAGCCUGUUGUUGUGUAUGGACUGCUGCUGCACUAAGACAGAGAGGUGGAUUAACACACAACCCUGACACACGGACAAACUCAGUCUGCUCCCAAAGCCGUGGCCAUGUCAUCUCCUUCUCUCCCCAUGCCCUCCCUCCCCCCCAGUCCACUGGCCAUGGAGUACCUCAAUGACUUUGACCUCCUUAAGUUUGAGGUGAAGCCUGACACUCCUCCUCUCCCUCCCCCCUGCACAUUCCCCAAGUCUAGCCUACCCCACGACCCCUCCAGUUCCCCUGGUCCCUACACCAGCCUCAGCUCCAGCCCAUACAACUCCCUGCCCCCUUCUCCAACGCUGAGCGAUGCCCACCCACCUCCCUCAGCCUCUUCCUCCCUCUCCCCUUCCUCCUCCUCCUCCAUCUCCUUCCCUCUGUCCAUCUCAAACAGCUACACCUCUGGCAUCAGUUCUGGAUCUCAGGGGAACAUGGAGGGUAGCCCCUUCCAUGGGGGUGCCCAGGGUCCUAACCCUGCCUCUUUGGAGGACCUGAUCUGGCUCGCAGCGCUGCAGCAGCAGUUUGGAGGGGAGGCGGGGGGACCUGCGUCCCUGCUGGGAGGCGGGCCAGAGCGGGGAGACAGAGAAAGAGGGUCGGUCGGCAGCUUCCUGGGCUGUGAGGACGCUGUGGAGGCUCUACUGAACUCAGCUGCAGCAGCUGUAAACUCACAGUUCCCAGUGCUUUCCCAGAGUUCCAGCAGUAACCUGGGGGAUUCGGGUAGUGACAGUGGAGGUGACAUUUCUUGCGCCAAUGGGACAGAUAUGUGUCAUCGCCCACUCCUCUACCUCUCCUCUGGCCCUCAAUUGCUCCCCAACACCAACCCCUCUUCAGCAUCCUACCCACAACCCCAGAGCCCCUCUGACCGACUUCACCAUCCACAUCAUCAUCAUCAUCACCACCCGCACCACCCCAUCCAUGGCCAUCAUCAUCAUCAUCAUCAUCACCUCCAAUGUGGUGGGGUGGAUGAGCGUUUCUCAGACGAACAGCUGGUGAGCCUAUCGGUGCGGGAGCUGAACAGACACCUGCGUGGCGUCAGUAAGGAUGAGGUGGUGCGUCUCAAGCAGAAACGUCGUACGCUAAAGAAUCGAGGCUAUGCCCAGUCCUGUCGCUACAAACGCUUGCAGCACCGCCACGCACUGGAGUCCGAGAAACACGUCCUCACACAACAGUUGGAACAGUUGCAGUGUGAGCUAUCUCGGGUCCUGAGGGAGAGGGACGCCUACAAGGCUCGCUACGAAAAGCUUGUCAGUACAAACGAGGCUCCACCUACCCACGCCAACAACCCCCCCUCACCACCCCCUAACUACUUCCUCUGAGGACAUACCAGAGGAGAGGACAUAAAAAGUGAGGGAUGAGAGUGGGGUGAAAGAGCAGGUCAGCCUAAAUAAGGCCAGCACAGGGGAAUCAGACUUUUGGAGGAAGGGUUGGGGGUGUGUGUUCGUGUGUGGAGGUUGUGGAGGUUGUCAGGCGAGUAGUGGGGUUAGGACUAGGCCAUACAUGACUGUGAAAUCAACCCGCUGAGCUGGCACUUCACUGUUAACUUAGGGUUCGAAUCGAGCCUUCAUAAACAGGACUAAUGGUGAAGAUUUUAGUUUUGAUAUCACAGUGACGUUCAUAGUAGCACAAAGACUCAAUGAAACAUCUUCAGCAUGCAUCCUGCACUGGUGAAAUCAGGGCAUGGAAGGUCACAGGUCAUCCUCAAACUGAACAAACACCAUCGUAUCAUUCAUCAACCUUAACACUAUCAACCUAUCUAUGCACAUUUAUUUCAAGCAGAACAAAUUAAAAGAUGAACUGAUAUCCAAACAAUGGUUGGGUUGAAUCCAGCCCCUGACAUGCACACUGUGAUGGUGUAGGUUGACUGGUCUGAGUAGUGCUGUGGUAUUGGAUGUGUGGUGGUGUAUGAUCUUCAAGUGUCCAUGGCAUGCAGUUGUACUCACCAGCGAAUAUUUCACAGUUGCCUACCAAGGUGUUUUUGCUCACCAAGAUUUGUUACCCACUAUCACAUUUUUAAGAUGAAUAAUCAUAAAAAAAUAAUGUACAAGGAUCCUUUUUCUGAUAGAAUUCCUGUGGUUGUGCUAAAUGAAAAAUUGACAUAAACACUCAUGUAUAAAGUAGAUACAUAAAAAAAGAAAAAUUAAAACAAAUCCAUACUUUGCUUGUUGAAAAUAACUUCACUUUUUGUCAUAAUGACUAUGAAGAAUAAUUGCAGUGUGCUAUCUGUGAUUCGUGAACAAACCUCCAAGAGACUUCUUCUGUCAUCCUGUACUGUAGGAUUUCCACAAUCAAUCAGUUGACUCUAACAUGUGAAACAAGAAACUGUGGUUGCUGCAGUUGUUGUAGUCAAAUAGGUCUGUACAAAGAACAUCCCCCCCCAAAGGCAACAGAGUGCUAAAUGGACUGGGUUGCUGUGUUUUGUCUUCAAGCUUUUAUAAUACAAUCUAGGUUGUGCUGAAAACACUUUUGUAAGAGAGCGACAACCAUAAUGCAACAAGCACCACAGAGCUGGACACUGUGGAUUCUUAAAAAGUGGGGUGAAAUGCAAGAAAAUGUGGACAUUCCAAGACACCUCUCUUAAAACCAGCUCAUGAAAUGUUACCAGGGUAGCUACAUUAGAGCUAAUUGUUUUGGCUAGGUGUAGGUUAAUUAAUUGAUUUAUCUGUUUUAUUUAUUCACUUAUUUAUUCACAGUAUUUAUUCAUUGUUUAUUUAUGUACCAAUUAUUAUUAUUUUACUGGUUUACAAUUUAAUCUACAAGCUUAGUGUGUACUUUUAUUUUCAAGCAGGAUGAAUCAAUAUUUUAAUUAUCUUUUUGAUUAUUUUCAAUAGUAUGACUACAAUCAUUAUUGCCAUCAUGGUUGAUGCUCCUACUGUAGUGUGGUUUCCUAUGAAAUAAAGACAAUAUUUUUAUCA